AUGCCACGUGUGAAGCCAUUCUAUGCCGUGAAGUGUAACAACAGCAGAGUUGUGGUGAAGUUGCUUGCUGACCUAGGAGCUGGAUUUGAUUGUGCCAGUAAGGUAAUGAUGUGUUGUUAUGGGAUGUUUAUGGUAGACUUGUGCAUGGCAAGAUAAUUCAAUUCACCCAAUCAUUAUUCUAGAAAAUAGGACAUUCUUCAGGACAUAUGGCAGUUUGAUUCGGCAGAGUUUCCAGUAUCAGGAUCCCAUUUCAGGAAACAAAUCAAAAGAGCUUGAAAAUGGGCCAAUCAAUAUACUACAAAAUGUAUAUGUAAUAUAAUAUUUUGCAGUACACUGUAAGCUUUCCCCCGCCAUUUGGUUCACAGAGCAAGUGUGAAAAAAUAAGAGUAAAAGCUAUAAAAAGAGGAAGAGCUCCACCAUUUUUAAUAUAUUUUGUCUGUGCUGUGGGCUGAAUAACAAUUCAUUUGGUUUGUAAUUUAGGUACAUUGUGGUUCGAAAUUUUGGAACUCGACUGAUCUCCCGAUCGGCCAAAUUUGGGCAAAUUGCCCUUUAAACCCAAAUUAAUCUCGGUGCAGUUGGACACAUACCAGGAAUUGAUAAUACACUGCCUGCUUUACCCUCUUUUCUGCAGCCUGAGAUUGAAUUUGUGCAGGAAAUUGGAGUGAAGCCGGAACAAAUUAUCUAUGCAAACCCCUGUAAGCAGAUCUCUCAGAUCAGGUUUGCAGCCAAGAGUGGGGUUCAGAUGAUGACCUUUGAUAAUGAAGAGGAGCUGGUCAAGGUCUCACAGAGCCAUCCUAAUGCUAAGUAUGAAUUUAUAUAAGGUGUAGUUAGAACUGUGUAUAUGACUUUGAAGUCUUUAAUUCAGUAAUGAAACAAUCUAACAAUGAUUACUGUAUUUACAGAAUGGUCUUACGUAUAACAACAGAUGACUCAAAGUCUACCAUAUGUCUGAGUGUGAAAUUUGGGGCAUCUUUAAAUGUUUGCAGACACUUACUGGAAAUGGCUAUGAAACUUAAUGUAGAGGUCAUUGGUGUAAGGUGAGUGUCCAAAACUUGUGCAUGGAAGUUACAUCCUAUAUUAUAAAAAUACCUGCAAGAGGGAGGCCUUCAUUCUCACUUUUUAAACGAAAUAACCAAACUGGAAGUAUAUCUGACAUGGAGAUUUUUUCAGAAUUCUAUUAUUUUGGCCUUACAUUGGAAAUUAAUUUAGAAUUCUUCACAAUUCUCACUUUAGUAAAUAACUGUUUUUUUAUGCAGCCUUAGGCAAACCUCCCCUCACUGUGAUUCACACAACGCCCAUGGAAAAAAAAACCACCUACAUUUUUUGAAGCACAAUGUGCUUAGUUUACUUUUUAUAUUCUUAUCUCUUGCUUUGUUAAUUCAUGUUUAAAGGACCGCUAUAGUGCCAGGAAAACAUGCUCGUUUUCCUGGCACUAUAGUGCCCUGAAGGUGCCCCCACCCUCAGUGUCCCCCUCCCGCCGGGCUCUGGGGAGAGGAAGGGGUUAAACUUACCUCUUUCUCCAGCGCCGGGCAGGGAACUCUCCUCCCUCUUCUCCUCCUCUUCGGCUGAAUGCGCAUGCGCGGCAAGAGCCGCGCGCGCAUUCAGCCAGUCCAUAGGAAAGCAUUCACAAUGCUUUCCUAUGGACGCUGGUGUCUUCUCACAGUGAGAAGCACGCAAGCGCCUCUAGUGGCUGUCAAUAGACAGCCACUGGAGGCUGGAUUAACCCAUUUAUAAACAUAGCAGUUUCUCUGAAACUGCUAUGUUUACUAAAAAAAAGGGUUGAUCCUGGAUGGACCUGGCACUCAGACCACUUCAUUAAGCUGAAGAGGUCUGGGUGCCUAUAGUGGUCCUUUAAGCACACACAUGAGGCAGCUGCAGGCUGUAGCAGGCAAUUAACAGAACAAGUAACACAUUUUUCUUAAUUAAACUUAAACACACUCAGGGUUAUUCCCUAAAGUGGGAAAUCAAAGUGAAUUAAUAGUAAUUUUCAAAUGUAAAGCUAAAUAAUGAACUGGAAACAUAACUGAAUUAUAGAUUUUUUUUUUCCAUUUCAUCUACUUUGACCUUACAUUUGACAUUUACUUUGAAUUCUCACUUUAGUUAAUAACCCUGACUGUGUAAUAAGAGAAACUAAACAUUUACAGGGCUAUUUACUAAAGUAAGUAGUCAAUGUAAAUUUCACAUUUAAGUUCAAAAUUUCCAAACUGGAAAAAUAGUCUAAGUUGGCUAUGCUAAAGUUAAUUGCCAUGAUGUGAAUUGUUCAUUUUAGAGACACGUGCACUUUAUUUAUAUGUGUAUUUCUUUUUAACUAAUCUCUCUGGCAUUUUGCCUUUGUAUUGAUGUUUGAUAUGCUUUAAAGGGACACCCUACUGCCCAAACACAAAAAUAAUAAAUAUCACUGUUCAGUAGAUAUACCCUAAAUGAAACCAUGCAUACAUUUUAAUUAUGCUUUUUUUGAGGGUAUAUCCAACAAAAGCUUGCACAAGCGGCAGUUCUCUUUUCUGCUGCAUUUACAAGCCCUCCCCUUCUAUGUCCCGAUUUUCUGUCUGUCCUAUCACAGACUUCCCAAUGCAGCUCAAUUUAAAGUAUUUCUGAGCAAUUGCUUGUCUCUUGAGUUUAGCUCCACUCAGGGCCGGCGCUUCCUAUAAGGCGAACUAGGCAGCCGCCUAGGGCGCCAUAUAGGAUGGGGCGCCCUGCGCCCCCAUCGCCGGCCCUUUAAAUGCCACAGCCGCCUGAGCGCUCUAUAGAGAGCGCUCAGACGGCUGCUGCACUGCCUCACCUCCCCUUCCCUGUAGCGUGGCAGAGCUGCUUUCCGUUCCACGACCCGACCGGACUGACAGGAAGUGCACACUGAGUGUGCACUUCCUGUCAGUCCGGCCGGGUCGCGGACCGGAUAGGAGCUCGGCCACGCUUCUGUGGAGGUGAAGAGAGGAUUACGGCCGGGUCGCGGACCGGAUAGGAGCUCGGCCACGCUUCUGUGGAGGUGAAGAGAGGAUUACAGGGGAGGAGAGAAGAUUAUAGAGUGGGGAGAAGAUUAUGCUGGGAGAAGAUUAUAGGGGGAGAGAUUAUAGGGGAGCCGGGAAGAAGAUUAUAGAGGAGGGGGGAGAAGAUUAUAGGGAGGGGGGAGAAGAUUAUAGGAGGGGGGGGGACAUGGGCUAAAGGGGAGAAGAUUGAAGAGGGAGGAGGGGGGGAGAAGAUUACAGGGGGGAAAGAUUAUAGGAGGGGGGAGAAGAUUACAGGGAGGAGGGGGGGAGUGGAGAAGAUUGAGGGAGGAAGGUGGAGAAGAUUGGAGUGGAGCUGAGAAGAAGAUUGAGGGGAGGGAGGGGGGAGGGAGAAGAUUGAGGAGGGGGGGAGUGGAGAGACUGAGAGAGGGGGGAGAAGAAGAAGAUUGUAGAGGAGGGGGGAGUGAGAAGAAGAAGAAGAAGAUUACAGGAGGGAGGGAGAGGAGAAGGUUGAGGAGGGGAGUGGAGAAGAUUGGAGGGAGGGGAGAAGAAGAGGAUUGAGGAGGAGGGGGGAGGGAGAAGAUUGUGAGGAGGGGGAGAAGAAGAAGAUUGGAGGGAGGGAGGGGGUGGAGAAGAUUGGAGGGAGGUGGAGAAGAAGAAGAUUGAGGGAGGGAGGAGGGAGGGAGGAGGGGAGAAGAAGAAGAUUGAGGAGGAGGGGAAGGAGAAGAAGAAGACACAGAGAGGGAGGGGGAGAAGAAGAGAAGAUUACGGGGAGAAGAAGAGAUUACAGGGAGGGAAGGGGGGAGAAGAAGAGAAUAUUACAGGGGAGGAGAAGAAGAGAUUACAGGGACGGGGGAGAAGAAGAGGAGAACACAGGGAGGGGGGAAUAAGAGGAGAACACAGGGGUGGGAGAUGAGAACGUAGGGGAGGGAGAGACCACUGAAGGAGGGAGGGGAUGGUGGAGAGACCACUAGGGGAGGGGUGUGAGGAGAGUCCGCUAAGGGAGGGGGGUGGAGGAUAGACCACUGGGGAGGGUGGGGGGAGAGGAGAGAGCACUAAUGGAAAGUCGGGGAGAAAAGGAGACCACUAAGGGAGGUGGGGGGGAGAGGAGAGACCACUAAGGGGCAGGGGAGAUCUCUAAGGAAUGGAAGGGAGAGCUCUAUAGGACAGGGGGCAGGACAGGGAGCUCUUUCACACCACGCGCACACACACACACACACACACACCCAGUUGCAUCCCUAUACACACAGAAACACAACAUGCUUCCCUUAUACACAGAGAAACACACAAUGCAACCCUUACACAUAAAGACAAUGCAUCCUUUGCACAUAUACACAGAAACACACAAUGCAUCCCUUACACACACAUGCAAACACACACUGCUUCUCUUACACACACACAGAAACACAAUGCAUCUCUUACAUACACUCAACGCACCCCUUACAGACAAACACACUGCAUCCCUUACAUACACAGAAACACACUUUGCAUCCCUUAUGCAUACAAACACAGAUUCACACAAUGCAUCCCUUACACACAACAAGGAACACACAAUACAUCCCUUAUACACUCACUGCUUUCUAUCCCUUACACAAAAAACACACUGCUUCCACUACACACAAACACACUGCAUCACCUACACAAACUGGUAUCCCUAUACACUACAUUCCAUAAGCACACACAUUAGAUCCUCUACAGUAACACAUAACACAUCCCCUACACACUCUACUCCCUGUGAGCGAACUCAUGGGUGGAACAUGUAGGUGGACUUAUGGGUGGGCUUUAUGAGCAUACUCACUGCCAGGCCCUGGGGCCCAGACCUUGAGCUAUGUAGGAGGCCACAAAAAAUUGAGCUGCUUCCCGUUCUCCCAGAACAUUGAAUUUUGUGACCACAGUUACGAACAGCCUCCAGAGAUCCUGUUCUACACCAGACCAGUGGAGCCAGACUGCAGCCAGAGCCCAUCACCAUCCUCAUCUGAUUGUAAGUAGGCAAUCUAGUAUAUUAUUAGUGACACUAAUCUCUAAUUUACCUCACAUUAAAUGGACACUAUAGUCCCCAGAACCACUGCAGCUUAAUAAAGUUGUUCUGGUGUCUAUAGUUUGUCCCCUGCAGGCUUUUUAAUGUAAACACACACUGUGUGCAGCACUGGCACUAGUUCAUAUGGCAGAUCAUAUGGGUGGGGCAUUGCGAUGUCCCGGGGGGGUCCCUAGGGCGGCAAAAAUCCUUGCACCGGCCCUGGCUCCACUGCGUAAACCAAACCAGGAAGUAACAAGACUGAUAAUCUGAUUCACAGCCUAGGGAUGUAACAAGGCUAAUUUGCAAAAGUGCCAGUUUGUAUCGAAAUCUGCACUUUUUGAAAAGUGAAAAAGAGGGCAUACUCUUCACAUAUAAUGUAUUUUAGUGUCCCUCUAAGAUGUUCUUUUGUGUUUAACUCCUUCACUGCUGUGCCGCAGCGCUGUCACACAUUACCAUUUAACAUCAUCACUCAGCCUGCUGUGUAUCCCAUCAGUCCUGAAAUAGAUAGAACCUCAGGAGAUAUAUAUACACUGAACAAAAUUAUAAAUGCAACACUUUUGUUUUUGCCCCCAUUUUUCAUGAGCUCAAAGAUCUAAGACUUUUUCUUUGUACACAAAAGGCCUAUUUCUCUCAAAUAUUGUUCACAAAUCUGUCUAAAUCUGUGUUAGUGAGCACUUCUCCUUUGCUGAGAUAAUCCAUCUACCUCACAUGUGUGGCAUAUCAAGAUGCUGAUUAGACAGCAUUACUAUUGCACAGGUGUGCCUUAGGCUGGCCACAAUAAAAGGCCACUCUAAAAUGUGCAGUUUUAUCAUACAGCACAAUGCCACAGAUGCUGCAAGUUUUGAGGGAGCGUGCAAUUGGCUUGCUGACUGCAGAAAUGUCCACCAAAGCUGCUGCCGGUAAGGGGAUUGUUCAUUUCUCUACCAUAAGCCGUCUCCAAAGGUGUUUCAAAGAAUUUGUUAGUAUAUCCAACCGGCCUCACAACCGCAUACCACAUGUAACCACACCAGCCCAGGACAUCCACAUCCAGCAUCUUCACCUCCAAGAUCGUCUGAGACCAGCCACCCGGACAGCUGCUGCAACAAUUGGUUUGCAUAACCAAAGAAUUUCUGCACAAACUGCCAGAAACCAUCUCAGAGAAGCUCAUCUGCAUGCUCCUCGUCCUCAUCAGGGUCUCGACCCGACUGCAGUUCGUCAUCGUAACCUCAUGAAAAAUGGGGGCAAAAACAAAAGUGUUGCGUUUAUAAUUUUGUUCAGUGUAUAUAUAUGUUAAAGGACCUCCCGAUCACAUGGCCCAAGAGGGCCGGAUCGGCAGCAGGGAGACUGCCUGGGAUGCCAGGCAAAUCAUCCAAUCACGAUUGCCAGCAAGCAGAUAAGUACAUAGGACAGCGGGGACUGUCAAAUGUUAUAAGUCGCAGUCGAAAUGUUUUGGUCAAUAAAGUUCAACUACAGCCGAUUCAUAAUACUGUAAACACAUAUUUAACCCCUUAAGGAUGGCGGUCAUGCUACCCUACUCUAAAUGCCGGCGGGCAGCAUAGUACGUCCCUGCCGUCCAAUGCACUUACCUGCUUGCCGGCGCUCGCGAUUGGGGGACUUGCCUGGCAUGCCAGGCAGUCCCCCUGCUGGCGAUCCGGCCCUCCUGGGCCAUGUGAUCGCGAGGUCCUUAUGAGGACCUCACAAUCACAUGGACCGAAUAGCCGUCCAUAGCAGUGCCAGCAGGAGAAGUGCCUGGAAUGACAGGUAGUCCACCUGCUGCCUGUAAUAAAGUAAAAUAAAGUUUUAAAAUAGUUUAAAAUAAAAUAAUAUAUACUUAGAUUGUAUAUAAAUACACACAUAUAUAUAUAUAUAUAUAUAUAUAUAUAUACACUUAAACAGUGUAUUUGUAUGUAUGUGUAUUUUAAUAAUAUAUAUAUAUAUAUAUAUAUAUAUAUAUAUAUAUAUAACUAGUUUUUUGCAUUUUUCACACAAAUUUUAACGCUAACUUUGGCCAGUGUUUGUGACUAAGUGACUACUAAAAAAGACUGGACAUUCCCCAUUUGCAAUACCUUGGGUUGUCUACUAUUGCAAAUGGUAUGCCAUCCUGGGGGUAAUUCUCAUUCCUGGGCUACCAUACGGUCUCAAAGGCAAAAAAAACAAUCUGGCGAAUUUCAAUGUGAAAAAACUGAAAAAUGUAACAUGCUGUAUUUGACCCUGUAACUUCCCAAAACACCAAAAAACCUGUACAUAUUCCUAUUAAAUUAUAUUUCAUAUCUAAAUAUUUGAUGUUAAAUGAAAGCCCUAUUUCUCCUGAAAAAAAUGAUCAAUAAUAAGUGUGGGUGCACUUAGUAUGAAAGAGGUGAAUUACGGUUGAACAGACAUAUAGUCAAAUUCCAAGAUUUAUUGAUCAAAACAUGUACAUUUGGCUCAGUCCUUAAGGCAGGCUUCCCCAAACUCCAGCCCUCCAGAUGUUGCUGAACUACAAGUCCCAUGAUUCUCAACCCAUCUAUGUCAUUCAUAGAAUCAUGGGAGUUGUAGUUCAGCAACAUCUGGAGGGCCGGAGUUUGAGGACGCCUGCCUUAAGGGGUUAAACACACAGAUUUCAUUACUCUGAGGACCUGAUCAAUUAAUUUCAAAUAUUAUCUGCAGAUAUUCUCUGACCAAUGAAAUUUAGAUAUACUGCAGCCACUAUAGCAUCAGGUAACUCUUGUGCACACUACAUAACUCUAAUCCUUCAAUGUCACCUUUUAAGCUAUCAGUAUCUUCUGGUGAGAGUGUUGGGGAGGAUUUAACAGGGAGGGAGAGGAGUUCCAGUGACACAGGGGAGAAACACAGCAAUAUGGCAGGGCACCGGCAAGGACAGAACAGGAGGCACAUCUCUCCACAAUGUUCAAGAUCCUCUGAAAAGGAAGAACAUCAUCCAGGAGUCAAUCUAACCUAACAGCCAGGACCCAAGUUUUCCUUUGAAGAGAACUGCACACUGGUGGCUUUUGUUGUGAGAGUGCGUGGAGUCCUAUUUUUGUCAUCCAUCAAUGCAUUGAUGAAGUACUCUACCUGGGAGAAAAUGAGGGAAAUCGUGGAUGCAGUUGUAGCAUAAGCUAUGUCUAACACAGGUACAAUGCCAUGCUCCAAAUAUCACGGUACAAUUACAAUGAUUUAUUUAGUGCCAACAUAUUGUACAGCACUGAACAAUAGCUACAAUAGCAAUCAUGUUAGAAAUUAAACAGUCUAUUCAGUAAAAAGUUAAAUUGAAUUGAAUUUGCAAGAGAAUUCCAAGUGAAUUGCAAAACCUAGGCCAAGUAGCUGGUCUAGAAAACCAGCUAAAAUUCGCCAGAUUUUUCCAGCUCAGCUAUUCUUGUUUAGAUUUUGCCAUUUCCUUAGAAUUUGCUUGCAAAUUCACCUCUAUUCCCUUUAAAGUGAAUAGAUUCUUAAAUGUAAAAUAUAUAAGCACACAAUUUAUUAGACAUGUGCAUUUGUUUUCCUACUAAUUGAAUUUCAGCUGAAUUUGCCAGAAUUCCAGAACACAGAAGCUUACAAAUUCCAAAUUUGACAUCUAAAAUGACCAAUCAUGAACGUUUUCUGAACUAAAUGAUCUAACAUUUUUUUGGAUCCAUUUUUUUUCAUAAGAAUAGCAAAAUAGGGACAUAUCUAUUAAGUAACCAGAACAGCAAAACAAUAGCAAUCACACGUAAGCAUAGGAUACCAAGCUAGGGAGCUAUCUACUAAACAGAUGAAAGCUAAACAUAGAAAAGCCCCUUUUUAAACUUGCUCUUUACUAUUUAGUAGAUUAGUCCUUAAUUUGAUACCCUUGAAAUGUAUUCCUAACGUUACAGUGUUCCUUUAAGGUGCUACUGCUGAACAAUGUGAAAGUGAAGAGACAGUGUCUGACAGCUCUCCCCAACUCCAGACUUUGAAUACAUCUCUGUACUGAUAUGCAUCCACUGGCUCAAUCCAUGCUUUGAAUCACUCCCUCUUACCUUGCCAACAGUUCUCCACUGCAGUCCAGGCAGGCACUGUAAGUACUGAUCCACAGCCAUGUAGGACUUUGUCUGAUACUCUGCAUAUAGAAAUUGAACUAAAACGUUUAGUAGUGACCUCAAAUAGUAGUGUCUUGCCUUCAGCACUGCAGUUCUUGCUGGCAUUUCCAACGAGUCUCACCCAGUUAUUUAGCUGGCUAAAUGUCUUGAGAAAUAUAAUGUACUUAAACAGGAGUGUUACUGGUAAGUGAUGAGGGUUCUAAAGCAUAAAAAUGAUUUGUUUUAAUUAAAUAAUAAUUUAUAUAAUAAAUGGAAUAAAAUGGGUUAUUAAGUGACACUAUAAGUAAUAACCUUAAUAUAUUAUUGAUACAAUAUGGGUAUAUGGGGCAAAAUUCUGCAUGUUUGGGACAAAGUUUACAGAGAAGGGCAAGAUCAAAUUUCAGGGGUGGAGCGUAGCACACCACCAUCUAAAAACGUUACCAGCUGCCACUGCUUAUCAAAAUCAAAUAAGUCCUGUUUAGUUUAGUUAAGUCUACUCACAAAAAUAUGAAUUAAAUGGAAUUUGUAAGGGAAUUUUAACAUCUAGGUCAAAUUAGCCAAACUUUGAAAAAAAAGUCAGCUUCAAUUAUGUAUAAAACACGUGUUCCAUGAUACAAGGGGGCAUUGUACAUUUUAAAGCAAUCUAACAUAAACCAAUACACAUGUUUUCUUACGCAUUAACAUCCACUCAUCAAAUGGAUAUAUAUAUCAGUGUUGUCAGGUGUGCUAGAAUACUGGCAUAUUUACACACAAGCAUUAGUAUGUUGAUCUAUAGCAUUAUCAGCCAUGCUGCAAUAAUUCAUUGUGAAUCCUUUUAUAAGCCAUUUUUUAUUAAAACUGCUACAUAUCUCACUACAUACAAUUGCAUAUACAUACAUCAAGGUCACUAUGUCAUGUGCAUAACCUAUUUAGCCAGUGUUAUGUGUUAAUUUAUAUCAAGUUCAAACCGGCAGCACAAUAUAGAUUUAAUCAACAUUUCUAUAACUCUUUAGAUAGCAAUACAUUCUAUUUUUUACUAGAGUCACAAAUGACAUAAUUCUUUUAACAUAAAACCAUGCACUGUGUGUUAAUAAAAGGAUAGCACUGACAAAGUUACAUGCCAUUUCUCUACAACAUGUCAAUAAAUAAAUUUCUUUGCACACAACUAACAUUUCCUGUCCCGUCUGUUUCAGGUGAAUGUGGCCUUUCUGCUGGCUGAGGAGAGACCAGGACAGCCAGCAUCACUUACCUGUCCUUACAUCACUUGGAAGGCAGUCAGAUUGAGGCCGAGCUAUAUCCUGCACAAUCCACCAUGUCUUGCUGCUGCCCAUGCACUGCCAAUUGAUUUUUUGUUUUUCUUUGUAUUUUUUAAGCGGCAACAUAUUCAGCGAUUCUGUAUAUUUUUAAACAAUACUUACUAAGUGAUCUGCGUGCCAAGUCUCUCAGGUUUGUAAUCCUUACAUGUAAACAUAGCAGCUUCAGAGAAACUGCUAUGUUUGCAUAGCAGGGUAAAUCCAACCUCUAGUGGCUGUCUUCCUGACAGCCGCUAGAGGCACUUCUGCAACGCUGGAUGCGAAAUCCGCAUCCAACAUGCAGAACGUCCAUAGGAAAGCAUUGCCGCGCAUGCGCAUUCUGCUCCACUCGGGAGCUGACGUCGGCGGGGGAGGAGAGGUCACAAGCGCCGAGGGAGAGGUCACAAGCGCCUUAAGGUAUUGUAUAGCGCCCAAAGAUUGUAUAGUGUCAGGAAAACGGGUUUGUUUUCCUGACACUAUAGUGAUCCUUUAAGGUUACUGAGGCAAUGUCCCAGCAUUCUGGUGGAGGUGGACUGAGAAAUUCCACUCACAAAACCCUCAGUCCUGUGGAAAUUGCCAGAUGCAAGGAAAUGUAUGCAACUUAACAUCCGCACCAUCCUCUGGGACAAUGGCUCCCAGUCAUUCUUAAGAAUGUCAUACAAUCUCAAGAGAAUUUUAUUAUGUAUCUUGAUAGGUGACGUGUGCAUUCUUCAAAUAGAAAUUUAGUAUUUUGACUUUUAUGUGUGUAUGAGCAGUGCUUGUAUAAAAUAUUAUUUUCUAAAUGUUUGUAACAUUAUGAUUCUCAUAGUUGCACAUGUGUGGAUAUAGAUGUUUUUAUAUUUGUUUUGCACCAAAUUUUUAAUGGUGCAUUAAUUAGUGUUCUAAAAUUGGCAAUAUUAUAAUGUCAUCACUAACAUGCAUUGCACCUGCCAUGUUCAGCAUCAUAUUGAUUUUGAUUACUGAGCAUAACAGGUAUUUUAUUAAGAGUGAAUAGUUGCCCAAUCAUUAUUUUUUAAAUUAAAGUGAGCAGCUAGCUUGAGUAGCUAAUUGAAAUGAACAGCUGCUAGUUUCUCACUGUUUAGUUGAAUGCCCGCCAAGUGCACUUGCUGCUAAGUUAAUAUGCUCACUGUUUACUUGACAAACUCACUGUUUAAUUCACAUGUCAAUGCUGUUUAGUUGACAUGCUCACGGAUUAAUUGGCAAGCCCACUGUUUAAUUUAUAUGCCCACUUUGUAGUUAACAGACUCAAUGUUUAAUUCACAUGCCCACUGUUUAGUUGACAAGACCACUUUUUAAUUGACAUGCCCACUAUUUAGCUGAUAAGUUAACUAUCUAGUUCACAUGCUUAGUGCCUAGUUGAUAUGCCAAUGCUGUUUAGUAGUUUUCAUGUUUUAAUGCAUGAAAACCAAUUUAUCAAAAAUUUUUUACUUUCAAAUUCGAUAAUCCCAUUCCAAGGUCGAUAAAUACCUGAUAAAUAGUAUUGAAUUGUCUAAUCUGAUCAUUUUAGUGAAAAAUAUAUUAUUGAUAUUUAAUAUAUUUUUUUUAAAUGAUAAUAUUCAAGUUGAUAAGCCUAACCUUUUUUUUAUUAAAUCGAUCCGAGCCGUUAAAAGGCUUAUCUGGAACCUUUAAACUGCUGACAACAUCAGCUGAUAUUCAAUCGGGGCCUUAUUGGGAGUUUCACUCUGCUGCCUUUUUAAUUCAGCUUGCUUCCUGGAACUGGAACUCUCAAUAAUUCUAGACAGCACUGAAUCAUGUAUGUUCCAGUGUUACCCUAACCACUAAUCCCUUCACUAUACUACCCUAACACUAAACAGUAAUCCUUACAAUACCUUAACUCUUACACUACACGAAACUCAUAACCGCUAACAAUAACACUAACUUGAACCCUAGCCCCAAUACUAACUUCAACCUCAAUACACUAAGGUUAAGGGCCUAAACCCAAUCUAAAAAUUAAAUGUAUUAUAAAAAAUACAAAACAGUGAUGUUUGUAUUGGGAAACACUGCCAUCAUGUGGAUUAUUAUGAAAUCUGCAGAACCCCUUCGAUAGAAUUGUUAUGGAAAAUGUAAAGCAAUGUGAGCAGGAUAUUACUUCACUGCAGAGGGCUUGAGAUAGAUUGGGAGACUAAAAACUCAAAUGGGAGAUGAAAUUUAAUGUAGAUGAUAGCAUUAUACAAUUAUAUUUAAGGCGAAUACAAACCAUUGUCUGAAAAUCUAUUUAUAAACAGGACAAUUUAUAGGACAUGAGGUCACGCAUCUAGACUGGAAGAAAGGAGAUUUAAUCUAAGGCAAAUAAAAUGUUUUUCUUGCAGUAAGAACAAUAAGGAUGUGAAAUUCUGUACCUGAAGAGGAGCUUUCAUCAUAGUCUGUAGAGAUGUUAAAACUGCAACUGGAUGAAUACUUACAAAAACAUAAUAUUUGGGAUAAUCCCCAGGACGUACUUGAAAACCAGAGUAAUCUGAAUGUUCCUCUCCUGGUUAAAUACUUUGUUAGUAUUAUUAAUAUAUAAUUUUUAAUAGGUAGGGUAUCAGUUGUUGAUCCAAGUAGAGAUCUGACUGCAAUUCUAGGGUCAAGAAGGAAUUUGUUCCUAGUAUGCUUCAAAAUUGGAAAGCACAUCAAACUGUUGAUUUCAUUUUCUUUUGGAUCAACAAGAAAAGCAAAUGUGAGAAAGGCUGAACUUGAAGCUCGGAUGUUUUUUUCAGCUAUGUAGCUAUAUAAUAAAAACAAUAUUUAUAAUUACAGUCAGUAACUACUAAUGCAAAGUAGGAUUUAUAGUACAGAUUUAGAUCUCGUAAUUCUCUUUGCACAGUUUUCAUGUAGGUAGUGGAUGCAAUGAUCCAAAUACAUUUGCUCAGUCCAUCGCAGAUGCCCUUUCGGUUUUUGAAAUAGCAUCAGAGUUUGGGCACAAUAUGAGACUGCUGGAUAUCGGAGGAGGCUUUCCUGGUACAGACAACUCUGAAAUCAAAUUUGAGGAGGUGAAUAUAAUUUUAAGAUGAUUUUUGAGGUUUAGGCCAGCUAGGUUAUGAGACUCUAAGCCUAAAAUUUUUCUCUAUAUAAGUUUGCAGCUGUAGUAAAUUCUGCACUGGACCUGUAUUUCCCAGAAAGCUCUGCUGUGGAUAUAAUUGCUGAACCAGGGAAGUAUUAUGUGGAAUCUGCAUUCUCCCUGGCUGUUAACAUAAUUGCCAAGAAGGAAGUACAGUUGGUCCAAUCUGGAUCAAAUGGUAUGUGUUCUAUGUUUCUCCAGUGGCUGAGAAGAUAUUAAUGCAUUCACAAUACUGAUUAUGUUUAGCAAAAGAAUACAAUUAUUUCCAAAAAAUAAAAUAAUACAAACAGAUUGGCACCCAGGAGUCAGUGGUGCUGGUAUUAAAGAGUAAUCCCUAAACUCCCAAAUAACAAAAUAGAACACAAAAAAAUAAAAAAAAAACUGAUAUAUACUGCGCACCCAAAAAAGAACAAAUAUUGGCUAUGCAAAUAUAUUGUGUCAAUGACAUUUACAAAAUAAUGAUGCAGAAAUCAGUGCUUAGUUCGAAGACCACUCUGCUGAUGUAUGAAAUAACAUCUCUACUAAAAAGAAAAACGGGAGCAAUGAGAUAUGCCAAUAAAUCAACUUGACAGCAGAUUACAUACAAAAAGUACAGGGUAUUCAUUGUAAAUGUUAUUUUGGUGCUGAGGAAAACAGGGUAUUUAUAAUGAGCACCCUAGUAUCAAGUUCUGUUUUGUCUUUAUUGACUGAUAUGUGUGCCCUUCAACGUUAGUAAUAGUUUCCAUAGAAACGGUACUCAUUAGAGCAAUAGUAAACAGGAGUUAUUUGGACCAGACCAAAAUGUGUGUCUGUGAAAAAUAUGUUAUAAGGAAAUUCUGGUAUUUUUAGUAGAGAUAAAAUUAUAAAAUCUGCAGAACAUCGUUGACAUAAUCUACUUUUUUUUUUUCUUUUUAAGGUGAGGAAAGUGGUCCUAUCAAAAAUGUAUUGUAUUAUGUUAACGAUGGAAUCUAUGGAUCAUUCAGCUGCAAACUCUAUAAUCAUGCUCAUCCAAAGCCUGUCCUGCACAAGGUAUAAAUCUUCCUCUAUUAGGCUGAUUUUGCUUUAAAAAAAAUAGACUGACAUUCUGACAUUUAACGCUGAUUAUAUAAUCACUCUUUCAUUGCUCUACACGGUCCUCUACCAACUCAACACACACGGAUGCUGAUCACACCCCACGCACAUGUCACAUCCUAUGAUAAAAACACGCUAACAAAGCCCCUGAAUAAUACUGCAACAAACACAACCCCACUCCUACACAACAUGUUGAAGGCAACACUUCCUAAGGUUAUUUGUUUUCUGUUAUUGUUCUUCUAUAAAAAACUAAACUCUGGCAGUGAGCGACCAUGUCAACCAACACAACAGAAAAACCUCAACAAAAUGACUCUCGACUUUCUUUUCCUUUCUGUAAUAUAUAAUUGACAUAUGUAUAUCAUAUGGCUUUUGCAUAAGCCUAAAAAUGUUAUAGCAAAAAAAACCUGAUCAAUUGGAUCUAUAUAUCUGUUUUCUAUCGUUUGUAAAGUUCUGAUUCAGUUAUUUAUAUAUGUAUAUAUAUGUUGCUUGCUCUUCAAAUUGUGUAGGUUUGUUUAUAUUUCUAUGGUUUUCAAUACAUGCAAAAGGAUAAGUUGGCAAAGGCUAGUCUUUGUUCAAAAAUAAAUUAUUGUCUGUUAGUUCCAUAUAAAAAAAAUAAAUAAAAAUAGACUAAAUUCCAUCUGCUGCUGAUUGCGACUCUUAUCCUACUCAUCCACUUAUUUACAUAGCAUUAUGAUUCUAGUAAAAAAAGAAAAAGGUGGUUAAGAAUUGCCUAUCCCUUUUCUUUUACAUUACCAUCAGUAAAUAUGAUUGCAUUGCAAUGAUGUUUCCUGGAGAACUAGUUCAAUAGUAGUUUCUAAUAGUAAGGUUCUGUCAUGUGGCAAUAAAAAAAGAUGACUCAAAAUACAAAAUCAGACAAACAAGUAUAGUACAAUGUCAUCAAAACAGAUGUUGGUGCAACAAUAAUGCAACAAUAGUAGCGGUUCUCUUAUUCUGAAUUGUGUUUUGUGAUGUUACACAGUGCAUACUGUUGCUGAUCACCAUACUUUGUGUGUUCUUUUUACAGAAGCCUUCCCCAAAUCAGCCCAUCUAUAGCAGUAGCCUUUGGGGACCAACCUGUGAUGGUUUAGAUCAGAUUGCUGAACAUCUCAACCUACCUGAACUGUAUGUUGGGGACUGGCUUUUAUUUAACAGCAUGGGAGCCUAUACAGUGGCAACCUCUUGUUCUUUCAAUGGCUUUCUUCCACCGCAGAUCCACUCUGCUAUGUCACGCCAAACCUGGUAAGAAAGUUAUUUUUAUAUUACAUUUUUUUUACUGCUUUAAUAUUGUCUUCUUUCUAAAAGGAAAUAAACAUUGAAUACAAUACUUCCUUUACCGCUUUAUAACAAUAAUAUGUAUUGUUGGUAUUUUAUUUCCUGCCUAUCACAGGGAUGACGUACAGCUGUUGAGAAGAGGAAUAGAGCAAGCUGUAACGAGAGAGAAACUGCCCGUAUCACCGUGUUUUGUGGAUGGCAACUAG